AUGCAACUCUGUCACGAUAAUACACCUCUUAUCAGACAACGUGGCGAUUUUUGCCGUAAUGACAAAGAUGGAUGCCAAGACAAUAACCUUAGACAUGUCGGUACAAAUUUAAUACCAAAUAAUAUCAGAGCAGGUCGUUAUAAUAUGAAAUUCAUAAUAUAUGGUGAUGAUCAUAUGCCAGUAUCAUGCAAAUAUGCAGAAGUUAACUACGAGUAA